UCCAGAUUUUCAUGAAUGUCUCACUUGUUUCUAUUGUUUCAGAAAACCGAAGUGGAAGCUGCAACAAAGCCUGAGGCGAAACCCGUUUCUGUGAUAACCGAGAUUAAAACAGAGACAGAGAAAUCAGCUCUUCUUGUCAAGAAAGAUGAAGAGAAUAUUGCUGCAAUAUUGCCAAAAACACCUGAAGUUCCACCCGACAAUGAAUUUGAGAAACGCAUAAGGCCGGAAGUUAUUCCAGCAAAAGAGGUCGGGGUAACGUUUGCUGACAUCGGUGCUAUGGAUGAGAUAAAAGAAUCACUUCAGGAAUUGGUUAUGCUUCCUCUUCGACAACCCGAUCUAUUCACAGAAGAUUUACUUAAGCCAUGCAGAGGAAUACUCUUAUUUGGAACACCUAGGACGGGAAAAACAAUGCUAAAAACCAAGUUGCUGCAAGUUUUGCUUCAGAAGGAUCAGUAA